AGCUACAGCCUUGAUCGCACUUUCUUCAUUUGAGUGCGCGUUCUUGGUUCAGUUAUGUGAACGCGCCGCGCCGUGUCAGUCACUUUAAACAUUUUACUGCAAAAAUGGAGUUUCUCAUCGGGGGUCCGUUCGCUUCUCCUGUCGGACAACGAAUCCAAAAAGCCACUAGCGCCGCCCUGCAGGCAGAAGACUGGAGCCUCAACCUGGAGAUCUGUGACAUCAUCAACGAGACUGAAGAUGGGCCCAAAGAUGCAAUGAAGGCUUUAAAGAAGAGGAUUGUGGGUAAUAAGAACUUCAGGGAGGUGAUGCUGGCGCUGACAGUUCUCGAGACGUGUGUGAAGAACUGUGGCAAUCGUUUCCAUGUGUUUGUGUGCACCAAAGAGUUUGUGGAGGGCGUUCUGGUCAGAGCGAUUCUACCCAAAAACAACCCACCCAUGAUCUUACAUGACAGAGUGCUGAGCCUCAUUCAGUCGUGGGCUGAUGCUUUCAGGAACAGUCCGUCUCUGUCUGGAGUUGUGAGUGUGUAUGAGAAUAUGCGGCAGAAAGGACUGCAGUUUCCCAUGACGGAUCUAGACUCUCUCUCUCCGAUCCACACGCCUAACAGGAGUACUCCAGACACAGAGACGUCUUCCUCAUCUGUGUCCCUGUCUGAUUCAAGGACACACACUCAGUCCUCGCCGCCAGCACACACUCCACAAAGUGUCCCAUCCAACGGCCAACAGAACCUUGUUUCAACUGAGCAGAAGCUGAGGUCUGAACUGGAUCUGGUCAAAGGAAAUCUGACUGUCAUGACUGAGAUUCUGAAUCAAGUUAAACCAGGAGAAACUUCUGCAUCAGACACUGAACUACUACAGCAGUUGUAUUCAGUGUGUAAGCAGAUGCAACAGAGAGUUGUGGAAUUGAUUCCUAAUCUAUCAGAAGAGGAGAUGUUUGGAGAACUUCUGCUCUUAAAUGACGAUCUGAACAACGCUUUCAUCCGCUACGAGAGAUUUGAUAGAUUAAAUAACACGCAGAGAGCAACCACAGAACAGCUGGAGUCACAGACUGAGAACGGAAACCUGAUAGAUCUCAGCCCUGUGUCACAAUCAGCCAAUCAGAGCGCUGUUCCAGCCGUCAAUCAAUGUGUGUCCCACCUUCCAUCCAACCAAACACAACAUUCAGCGGUUGAAGAUGAAGAGUUUGACAUGUUUGCUCAGACGAGGACUAGUUCUCUGGCUGAACAAAGGAGGAGUGUGCGGUACGAGGAUCCUGGUGCGGUUGAGGGUUUGGCUGAAGCGCUGGACACACGAUUGCAGGUCACCGCAGGGGACAAUGAGAGCAGUUGGGUUCGUCAGUCUCAGUGGAUUUACAGUGAUGGUCUGGCUCCUGUUCCGCACAGUUCUGCUAUGGAGGAUAUUGAGAAAUGGUUGUCCACAGAAACGGCUGAUGAUGAGGACAGUGAGGGGGUGACCAGCGAAGAGUUUGAUAAGUUUUUAUCGGAGCGAGCUCAAGUUGCAGAUCAUCUUCCCUCGGUGAAUAAAAGCUUAUCUGAGGUUGCGAGUCACACGAAGCUCAAAAGCCAUCGAGCAAACAAGAGCAAAAACACGACCAGCUCUUCUCGCUCUGAGACCGUCUAUAUGUAUAACCAAUCUAUAACAGCGCCAGGAUCCUCACAACAAUCACUGCAGAGAAAUAUCAUGUACUCGCUGUGAGCAUCUCCGUUUCUGCUCUCUUUACACAACAUUUGGCCUUUAAAUGUGUGAGAACCUUUUGAUCAUUUAAGACAAAGAAUCAAACUGUUGUUCGUUGCUGAUGUAAGUUAAUUUUAUGUGUAAAAAGCAUUAAUUUAAGUUGUAAAUUAACAAUGAAAAUCAGACCGGAUUAUAGAGACCUGAGUGUUCUCUCACACUUUCUUUGGAUACAAUGUAAUAUUAUUAAACAUACACAAUAAUAUCACCGCUCACAUGUGUCACAGUUUGUGUUUUGAGGUGUUAGAACCAGAUGGUCCAUAGACAUUUCUUAAAAUAAUAUACAUAUCCUUUACAUUUUAAAAAUGUUUACCAACGUCUAUUCGAAUACUCUCUUCUGAUUGGCUGGAAUGCGUGCGUUAAAAUAGUUUAAUGCACCGGUAGUUCCAGUCAGGAGGCACCGGCGCCAUCACUUGGUUUUUUCUUAUCACUCCAUCGUUUAUAGUCAUACAGAAAAGAGAAAGACCUCAUUCAAAACUGUAAAGGGUCUACUUUUAUUUGACAAUAAAAACAAAAUGCUGCACUUUUGUAAAAUCCAGAAAACAAACAGGAUGCACUUUCUGCUUCGUCAAUCUCUGUGAAAUUUAGCUUUGAGCACGUCACAUAAAUUAACCAUAACUCUGCGUAUAAUUGUCGCACAAACAUGAUCGAUAUGUCUAUAGAAACCUUAAAAUGUCUACUUUUAAAUGACUCCACAGAAAAGACGCUCAUUUGUCGUCACCUUGUGGCAAAUCCAGAAGUGUCCAUUUGAACUAAUCAGUUAAUAAAACUGAAUUAUUUUGUGAAAUAGAAGCAAGCCACCCCAAAUAUGUUAUAUUUUUACAGCUAAUUCGGCACAAUUGUGCUGUUAAUUUGCUAUACAUGAAUCAUUAAAAUCACUGAAAUUGGUGCUUUUAGCUUAUUCUUUAAAAAAAUAUCCCUGACAAAAUGUCAUGGACCACCUUUCUCGCCCCUCAUGAGUUUGCAUCCCUGUACUCUGAUGUCCUCUGUAAUGAGACGAUUUCUCUACGUCACUAGGGGCUCAUUAAUUCAUGACCGCCUCUACAGCGAAUAAACAUCAACACCUACUUAAAAUCAUCGCUCCCUUGGCCCCGCCCACUGGCACUUAGUUUGUUCACAGAUGGCACUUUCCGCUGCACGUUACGGUUCGACCCGACUCGCUUUACUUAUCUGGUCUUGCUUUUCCACUGCAGUUUAGUGCCGCCUCAACGUGGGUGGGAUUAUAGGCUGAUCGUCAUAGUUACGCCGCCUCUACUGCCGUGACAUCAUCUUAAACGUGACACAAAACAAUAAACAAUAACACGAGCGCUAGCUGUUAGCUGCUAGCUCAUUGUGCUGCAUAAAGCAGUUGUUGCAUGGUGAUUUUACACAAGUGUAACAGUUAAAUUGGCCUGAUAGUUUUAGAAGCUUUCCAGUAUCUGCUCAACUAAAUAAAGAGAAGCUUUCAAGCCGAAUAUAGAGUUAACGUAACAAAACGUCCCAUCCUCCAUCGUGGCUGAGUCCAGCGCACUCUCUGUCCCAUUGCUCGCCGGUCUAGAUAGCGUCCAUUUGGUUGAACCACUUCCACUUUUCCUUGAUGGUUCUGUCGUCACGUUUACGUUUUUGUACUUUUCCCUUCACUGUUGGUCGGUCCGGUGGUAGCCGAGUGCGUCCGACAGCGGAGACACUUCCUGAAAGACUUUUUGGUUUGUGCCGUUUCGUUCGUCGCUAACGAGAGGAACAUCUGCACCUCGUUUAUUGACCACGGCGUGGUUUUGCACGCAGCCAUUUUUCUUUACAAUUCGAAAGUCGCUUGAACAAAUGAUACUGCUAUCACUGUAGCUAACUUUAAAACUAGCUGUGUCGCUAAUCCAGUGACUCUAGUAGUGACGAUUCUCUCUGACCAAUCAGUGAUCUGCAGGGUUUUGACGUCACAUUUAGUAUCGGCUCGGUUGGAAACUCGACCGAGGUGGUACAAAAAAAAAUUCCAGAUACUUUCCACAGUGUAAAACCCCCCAAAAAGCGAGCAGAGUCGAGUUGUACCGUCCAGUGGAAAAGCCACAUAAUAUUGCUGCGCUGCUCAUCAUGUGCUGCACUCGCCCGCUAGAGGGCGCCGCUUGCUUAUGCAUCACUAACUGAAGCAUUGAACGGCAAUUGCUCUUUUAAACACGGCCUUUUGCAGUUUAUGUUGUAGUAAUCACGCAGGACCAUAUUCAUCUCAAUUCAAUCAAUAGUGAGUCUUAAUGGAUUAUUAACCAUAUUGAUGUCUCAAAGUCUGGAGGUUUAAGAGCCUCAUCAUGAACAACUGUCAUGUCUGCAAAUGAAAAUGACAAUGAGUAGAAAUUAAACAUGGCAUGUUCUUAUGAAUGCCAACGCUUCUACAUUUUGGUUCAUUUUCAAGACUUUAUAGAUAUUACAGUUUUAUCUUCUGUUAAUGUCUGAUCUUCUGUAGCUGCUUUGAAACGAUGUUGUGAAAGACGCCAUACAAAUAAAAAUGUUUUGAAAU